AUGACAGACUGCAGGCUGGACUACAUUGGGCUGCUUCAACAGGAAGUCAACAAGAAUCCUGACAGGCUGGUGGAUGUGGGGAAGGAGGAGGAGCAGGAGGAGACCCCUCCACCCUCCAAGACCCUCCCAGCGCUCUGCUCCAUCCCCAGGAGGCUGGUCAUCUCCCCGAGCCUCGGAGGAACACCAGUCACCCCUCAUCUGACGGAGAGCCUGAGGAGGAUUUUAUUUGGUGGAACGUUUCAUGUCUUCAACUACGAGUGGAGGAAAUCUUUCUUCCAGUUCAGAGAGCCGAACUCAGAGUUAUCCUUCGCUCUGGAGACGGACAGGGGAGGGGCUCGGGCCAUUCAGAUGGUCGUCCAGGCUCGCAUCAUUAAAUACCUGCUGUUCAGCCGGCAGAGCAGCUCAGAGGGUCGGACGCUGCACAGUCUGUGUGAGGUAGGACAGCGGGAGCAGGAGAAGGCGUUGGCGGCAGCGUUGUCCGACAGCCUCUGGUUGGCCGGUGAGGAGCUCAGUGCCACCGUUACCUUGGUAACCGAAGACUACUGCAUCACACCUCACCUGGACUACAAACUGGACAACUUCACAGAGAGGCUGCAGCUGUUCACGUUUAACAAGAAAGAAGACGUCAGGAAGUUCAUCCAUGAUCACAUUCAGUGUUUUAAGGAGGAGGGGAGUCAUGGAGUCAUCCUGUUCCUGUACAGCCUCAUCUGCUCCCGCACCGUCGACAGGCUGAGGGAGGACUUGGACUCCUCCACGUCUCACCUGCUCUACAUCAGCCUGGGAAACUUCGUCUGUCGUCAGGCUUUGCUGAACCUGCUGCUGACGGGCCGAGCCAGUCCUCACGUGUUUAACGGGGCUCGGUACUUCGGGGAGGACGGCCGGGCUCUGGAGCGCCCCCUGCAGGGCGUCCUGAGCCGCAGCAACGUGGGAUAUCUGACCUGGAGCCGAGAGCAGAUGGAGAGAGGACGACUGCCACAGGUGGGCAGCAUGUUGAAGACCCCCAGGUUUCCAGUCUGGGUUUGUUGCAUCAACAGCAGUUUCUCGGUCCUGUUCAGUCUGAACCGCUCGCUGCUGUCCGACUGGAAGAUGGAGCAUCUGUUCCACCUCUACUUCUACACCGGCCAGCCCACCCAGAGGACCCUCGCCACGCUGACCGUCGAUACUCACUCUCACCACUGGGAGGCGUCGCCCCGAGACUCAGACGGAGACCCAGAGAAGAGGUUUCCUUCUCUGGAGAUGACCAUCAGGACCAAGUGGGACGGAGCCGCCAUCAGCUGGAACGGCACGUCGCCUUUCUACUGA